UUUUCCCGUGGGUCGCAAAACGAUGGAAUCUCUGGUUUACGAAGCACGAUAGGCUUGUUGCGCUUCUGCGUGGAUUUCCAACCAACAAAGUCAAAAUAAGAACCAAAAUCAUACCUUUAGAUGUGAAUUUGUGAAGCUUCUGUUCAAUCUCGAAAUCAUGGAUAAACUCACAAGCGAUGCUGCUUUUGUUCAAUCCGUUCCAGCUUCUAACUCAAAUCCUUCAAUCAUCGAGUUCCGUCAACCCCCCAUCGAUCCACGCCUUCCCUCUACCGUCCGCACCCAAACCAAAUCCAGCCAAAGGGUUGAAGGGGAACCCAAGGAUUGUACCGCGGCGAGAAAACUUCAAAAGGCUGACCGUGAGAAACUAAGAAGGGAUCGUCUCAAUGAACACUUCCUUGAGUUGGGAAGUGCACUCGAUCCUGAUAGGCCUAAAAAUGACAAGGCAACCAUCCUUACGGAUACGAUUCAAUUGCUGAAGGACCUUGCAUCUCAGGUCACCAAGCUGAAAUCAGAGUAUACUACACUGACUGAAGAAUCUCGAGAGUUGACCCAGGAGAAGAAUGACCUCAAAGAAGAGAAGGCAUCUCUUAAAUUUGAUAUCGAGAAUCUUAAUAAUCAGUAUCAGCAAAGAGUCGGGACUAUGUAUCCAUGGGGGGCUGUAGAUCACUCGGUUGUCAUGGCCUCUCCUUAUCCAUAUCCAGUACCAAUGGCAAUGCCUCCACCAGGAGCCAUUCUUAUGCAUCCAUCCUUGCAGCCAUUCCCUUUCUUUGGGAAUCAAAAUCCCGGGAUCAUUCAUAACCCGUGCUCCACUUUUGUCCCAUAUAUGACUCCUAAUACUAUGGUUGAACAGCAGUCAGCACAACCUGUUGCUCCAGCUGCACAACCAAGCAGCCAUUCCCAUGCUUCCGGCAAACAAGAUUCGAAAAACAAGUUCUCAGGGGAGAGCAAGGCUGAAAAGACUGUGGAUUCAAAUGGUGUUGCUACUGAGCUUGAGUUAAAAACACCUGGUUCUACGCCAGAUCAGGACUUAUCAUCAGGGCAAAAAAAGAUGAAUAAAUCUUUAAAGAAAGACGACAAUACUACAGAGGGCAGUUAUUCAAGUAGGUGCUCUUCAUCUUAUAGUGUACUGGAUAGCUCAUCCAAUAGUAUAGUGAGUGGCACAAAGCCUGAUGAUGUAGAUGGGUAAAACGAUCGACAAAUGCCCGUGUCAGGUUGUUUGCAACUUCUGCUCAUGUUUUCCUUUUAUUCUAUGCUCUAAUAGUUCCUAAUUUCUCCUCCACUUUAGAAUCUAAUUGUUUUCCCACAAAUUUAAUCACUGGAAAA